AUGGAAAGAGAAGCCCAGCUGACCCCUGAAUUAAUAAAAGCAGCUUCAGACAGGUUCAGUCUUGAUAUAGUUUUUAUAUUAGACCUUCCUGCAGCUGGGAUUAGAGAAAUUAAAAACCUUGAAGGGUGCGUCAAUCUUUUACAUUUGAAUUUAUCAAAUAAUAGAAUAUCAAGAAUAAAAGGACUUGAAGCAUGUGUUGAGCUGACUUACAUUGACUUAUCAUAUAACCAAAUAAGCAAGAUUGAAGGACUUAGAGCUUGUGUGAAGCUUGAGAAAUUAGAGCUGCAGGGAAAUCGAAUAAAUAACAUGAAUGGGAUUUCUGAGCUACAACCGCUAGCUAAGCUAACUCCCCCCCCCCCUCCGUGAGCGAACAAAAAAAUUUUGUUCACUCACGGAGGGGGUUUAAUUUUUUUUUUUAAAAAAAAUUUAUAUAUAAAUUUUAUAAAAAAUAUUUUUUUCGAAAUUUAAAAAAAUCCUAAUUUGCAAAAAUUGGGAAGCAAAUAUUAAUUUAAUUUGCAAAAUUUAUGUUUUUUAAAACGCAAUUUGUUUAAAAUUAAACAGAAUUAGCUCUAGAUUUCAUUAUACUAAUUAUCACUUAUAUAUCAAAAUUUUUUUCCAUUAAAAUUUUUUCUAUUAAAAAAAAUUUUUGUUCGCUCACGGAGGGUGGGUUUUUGGUCAAAAAAUGGCGAUUUUUCUAAUGGUUUUGUUCGCUCACGGAGGGGGGGGGGGAGUAAGACAUUUGUCUUUUCAAAACUAUGAUUUUAGUGAUCCAAACAUUAUAUGUGCAGAAGCUGGGUAUAGAGAUGCGAUUCUUGGACUACUAACUGGGCUCAGAAGUCUGGAUGGGCAUAGAAAGCAUUUGCCGAUGCUUGAAAGAGGAGAUUAGGAUUAUUAAAGAUGGGUGCUAGCCAUAUUCGUGACGUAACCCCGCAACCGUACAAUUUUCUCCUCCUUGCCUUGAUAUUUCAGUCUUAAGUGGGGGGCAGUUUAUGGAUUGUCAGCUCCGUGAUGGGUGAUUGGAGUAGUUUAAUUCCACAAAUUAGUUUAUUGGAAUCUAUCGCCUUCCUUUGGCAACUACAGGAAAAUAUUGAUUUGUAUUCCCCACCUUAAGAUUUCCAGCUGGAGAAAAGCAACAAAAACCUACCCGGAUAACAGUGUCUGAGGCUGCAAGUGUCUCGACUAGAUCCGUUCCAGUUCGCCGUGGCCUUAAGGUGCAGACUGUUGUUCUAAGCGGGCAGAUUGACAUGUGUCACCAUUUUAAUAUAUAUGCAUGAAAGAGGGGAACUUUCAAAAUAUGAAAUAAAUGUUAAUGUUGGGAAAGUCCAUUUAGACACAAAACCAUGGAUAAAUGGUGAUAGGGUUUUCGGAGAAAUGCCAAGAAUUGACGAUACUGAGCUAAAAAAUCUUAUAAAGGAAUGCAAAUUUAUGCUGUCCUCUGGAGAUGAAAUUUUGAAGAGAGUCAAAUAA